UUCAAUCUUUUAGGCGCCGCACAAAUUUCGAGUGAAAACCGAACAACGGGAGAAAUAAAAACAACAAGCCCCACCACAAAGUGGCGAAGCAACAACAAACAAAAAAACAUAAAUAAUAGUGGGCAAGAAAAACUAAAUAAAUGAGAAAAUCAAAAACAAACAAAACACCAAUAUAAAAGACAGCGAAAGGCGUAAAUUAAAGGUCGGCAGAUGGGCGGCCAACGGAUUUACGUGCCCUCCGCUGGCCAUUCUCCCCAUGCGUGUUGUUGUUGUUGUUGCACAUGCAGUUGCAGUUCCCGUUCCCCCAGCGGUUGUUGUUGUUGUUGUUGCAGUAGCUGCAGUUGCAGCGGACCAGCGGCCAAAGCGCAGUGAGAGCGAGCGGGACGGCAAGCGAGCGCCACCAAAGGUGCGAGCGAGAGCCCCAGCCCUUUGCAAUGGUCUCGAAGAAGCGUUCCAAUGCCGCCGACCGUGUUCAGCGCUCGACGGCGACUGCGGCAGCGGCAGCAGCGGCCGCAGCAGCAGCGGCCUCCACGACGCAAGGCAAGAAGCGCCCCGGGAAGCAGACGACGAAGGCCUCCGGCGGCGGCGAUGAGGCGGAGGACAAGAAGUCCUCCAGCAAGGCAGAUUCUAGUGCAGCCAAGAAGCCAGGCAAGGAUCCCACGGGCUCAUCGGGAUCACAGACCGCCCCCGCCACCGAUGGAGGUGGAAAGCCCACAGCCUCCACCUCAUCAUCUGCCGCCUCCUCCGCAUCCGCAUCCGCCUCCACAUCCGCCUCCACCUCCAAUAGCUUGAAACUAUCACCCGAGGAGCGACACGAGGAUGGCAAGGCGCGGGCCAUUAACAAGAUGCUCAAGAGCCUGGACAUCAAGAUCCACGGCUUCGACAACCUACUGCCCAGCGGUGAGGAGCGACUCAGCGAUGGCGUGCUCAAGUCCUCAAUUUCGGAGAAUGUCAAGACCAAGUCGCGGGCAGCAGCGGUCAAGGUGAUAUCCAGCCUGAAUCCCGGCAAGAUGCCGGCUGUAAAGCGAGUGCGUCCCUCCCCGGAGCCGGUUAAGGAAAAGGUGGCGGAGAAGCUUACGGAGAAGGUUGCCGAGAAAGACAAACUCAAGACGGACCAGGAGCUAUCGCCGCCUGCUCCAGAGGAAUCUCUGGCCUCUAAGGUGCACAAGAAAACGGUGCAGCAGGCCAAAAAGGCCAAGGUGGAGCAAUCAACAUCAUCAGCAGCACAAGAUGCAACCACACCAUCCGGAGCCACGCCAGCUCCAAGCUCCGCCAGCUCCAAGCAGACAGCGGCCAAGAAUCCCGGAAAGAAACCAGCCCAGGCAGACCAGCCGAAGAAAGAGCAGCUUGCCAAGCCCGCCAAAAUGGGCAAACCGAAGAAGGCAUUGGCUGGUCACGAAGCCACCGCGCAGAAGAACACUUCCCGCUUACCCGAUUCCAAUACAGAAUCCGUGCAAAUGGAGCUGGAGGAGAUUGCUAGCACGCCCACGGCCACGCCGACGCCCUCAGCCACGCCCACGGCGACGUCAACGCCCACGGCCACACCCACGGUUACACCAACGCCCACGGCUACUCGCACUCGAACCCCCACUCCUACGCCCACGUCCACAACCACUGCCACGGAGGCAGUUCAUCCAGGUCCACCGCCUCCACCACCAGCAGGUGCACCCAAGCAGCGACCAAAGGUGAAGUACACCAAGACGUCGGCGGGGUCAAAGGGCAGGAUGCAGCAGGCGAUGCACCAGAAGGCACCGCUGGCCUCCUGGAGCGGGGCCAAGGAUAUAUACGACUUUAAGUCGGGAUCGGAGGACGAGGAGCCCAUCAAGAUGGUGCUGCCCUCGCUCAAGGAGCUACGCGAAUUCUCCGAUGAGGAUAACAAGCCGCUAAAGCUGUUCGAGCGACCAGAGAAGGCCAAGACGACCCAAAUGGAUGAGGAGGAGCUGCCAUUGGUCACGAAAGAGGAGAAGCCAUCGGUGGAGAAGGAGUUGAAGGUGAAACCCAAGGAGAAGGAAAAGGAAGUAGAUCCUUUGAGCAACGCACAGCAGUCCGAACCAGCAUCCAAGAUCACCAGCAGCAGCACCACCUCCACCACCACCACCUCUGCGGGCAAGAAGCAAGCCAAGAGGAAGCUGGCCACUCCAACGCCCGCUCCUGCGGGCCGCAAGAAGAAGCCGGUGGGCAAGGGAAAGGCCGCCGCGGCGAAGGAGCCGCCGGCCAGCAAUAGUUCCGCCGAGAGCAGCUCCUCCGAGGAUGAACGAAAGCUGAGUGCCUACAGCGGGCCCAAGCGGCACCGCAUGGCCUCGCUGAAUGCCCUGGCCAAGGUGCAGUGCCUCUACGAAAACGAAUCCCGCACUGCACACGAGCUGGGUCUGUCAAAGGCCACGCAGCAACCGCCGCGAAUCCGAACGCUGGACGGGAGCGACGAUGACAACCACAAGGAUUCGCCGCGUCACGGGGAUACGGACAGGGACAAGGGAUCCGUGAGUCCUCCGCACACCUCAACUGCUCCAUCGGCCGCCGCUUCGAGUGCUCCAGCGCCCAAAGAGGCGGAGCCGCGAAGGGAACUCCGCUACGUGCCCGGUGGCCGGGGAGUGGGCAAGCACUGGGAAUUCGACAGCGACAGCGAGACGGAGGAACUGCAGCUCCAGCUGCCCCUGCCGCCGGUCAAAAAGAAGAAGCUGCCCAAGAAGGCGCCACCCAAGAAGGCCGCCUCCUACGAGACGGAAGCCAAGCGAAAGAAGAAGCAGGUCCAGGUGGAGGAAAGCGAUGAGGAGGAACCCAAGGAGAAGCCCAAACCACCGAAGCAGCUACCAAAGAAGCGCAAGACCGCCUUCACCGAGGAGCUGAUCGGGGACUACAAGGGCAUCCUGGCCAGAAAGCGAAUGGCCAGUCUGAAUGCCAGCGCCAUUGUGGCAGCCACCUACGAGGUGGAGCGUCAUUUGGACAAGAAUCUGGCCAGCGAUUGCAGCAGUUUCGAAAGCUACGACGAACUGGAUAUCAUGCCCACGACCACCAGCAAGGCAGCAAUCGCGGCAGCACUGAAGGCCGAGGCGAUCCACAUUAAGAAGGAGCCCAAGGAGUCCAAGGAAUCCAUGCGGGAGCGGGAACGUGAGAGGGAGUACGAGCGCAAGAGGGAGAGGGAAAACGAGCUAAAGGACUCGAAGGAUUCGGCGGUGGGCAAGAUGUCCAGUCAUUCGAUCAUCGAGGAGAGCAACGACUCGAAGUACUCGAAGGAGACCAAGGAGACGAACACGGACACCACCAUAACCACCACCGGGUACCGCGACUCGGCGGCCAGCACCAAGGACGCCAAGGACUGCAGUCGGCCCACCUCCUCGUCGGUGGUGAUUGUUCAGGACACGGACGUGACCAUCACCGGCGUCUACGUGAACGCCAGCAACGGAGCCGCCCAAGAGGCCUACUGCAAGAUGCAGUACCGCGUCCAGUCGAGCGUCACCGAGGAGCGCGUCCUGCGACCCGGCUCAGUGGAGCCGCCCAAGUCCUACACGCCCCUCAGCGCCCUGUCCAGCAUGCUGCCACCGGGAGCCAGUUCCGGCCUCAGCGAAGCCCACAGCUCGCCGCCGCUUCCUGUCCACACGGCGCCGACAGGACCUCAUGUCCUGCUGCCCGGCGAGCACCUCAGCGCGGGGAUGUACCACGCCCCCGAUCUCGGCCUGCACACAGAGCACGCCCUGCCGGAGCACCAUGGACCGCCGCCGCCCUCGUAUGCUGCUGCUGCAGCCGCGGCAGCGGCCGCCGCCGCCUACCACGCCCAUCAGCUGGCCCCGGGAGGCGGUGGGGUGUUGCACAUGCACCACCAGCAUCAAUACGCCGCCCAUGCGGCCCAUGCCCAUCACUACCAGCAGGCGGCCGAGUAUCACGGAGGGCCGCCACCACCGCCACAUCACUACGGAGGACCGCCGCCACCGCCCCAAGGUCAUUAUGGACCGCCGCCGGGAGCACCCGUUCCGGUCCCGGUUCCCGUACCCGUGCCCGUUCCCAACCCGGUGACCGUGCCUCCCGAGCGCUGCGACGUGGGAUCACCACCGCCGUCGUACCGCGCCAGUGCCUAUCCACCGCCCUCGAGUGUGGGCAUGCCACCGCCCACUUUGGGAGGCGGGUCGAGCGCCUUCUGCGCCCCAAGCCCACUCCACCAUCAUCAGCACCAACACCAACCGGGCCCAGGAGUUGGGCCACCACACCAUGAUCCCAGUGGCUACUAUCAGCCGGCUGGACCGCUGAUCUCACCGCAUGUGAUCGCCGCCCCGCCGCCGCCAGUGCAGGUGAAGAAGCUGCAGGAGGAGGAGAGUGUGACCCCCGUCGCCGGUUCGCCCACGCAGCUGCAGCAGCAUCAGGCGGCCGCCGAAGCCGCUGACCAGGCGGCAGCCCAGUCGCAGGCCCAAUCGCACGGCCACGCCCAGGCCCACGGACACGCCCACAGUUCGCAACAGGCGCAACAUCCGCCGCAGCCACAGCCGUAUCCGGCCAGCGCCGUGGCGGCCGCAGCCGCGGCAGCCGCCGCCCACCAGGGCGUGCCCUAUUCCCGCUCGAUGCACGCGGCCCAGAUGCACUACUCGACCGCCUAUCCGCCCAACUACUACGCGCCAUAUCCGGGCGAGGUCAUGUGCUACUCGCCACCCACGUAUCAGCCCUACUUCUCGAGCAAGGUCUACCAGCCAUCGCAUCCCGGCCAUCCUGCCGCCCAUCCGCAGGGUCCACCGCCGCCGGGCGCCUAUCGCCGUUAUCCCUACUACCAGCACGCGGGUCCACCGCCUCCGCACGAGCUCUACGAACAGCAGCAGCCGCCCCCGCCGCCCGUCUCAUCCGGUUCGGUAUCGGGUCCGCCGCAACAGCAGCCGCCCACCAGCAGUGCAGGAGCAGCGGUAGCCGCGGGAGCAGGAGCACCCGCUGGCAGCCAGUUGGUACCGGCCCACCAGCAACAACACCAGCAGCAGCACUUGGAGCACUAUCCCGGGCCACCCAGCUACUACGCCGGCUACAGUCCCGGCGGAGGAGCGUCCUCCGCCCAGUGUUACACGCGCGGCCUGCAAGGACCGUAUAUGGAGUAUCCACCGCAGUGUCCCUGCCCAAUGCCUCAAUCGUGUCCAAAAAACGUCCAUACUGGGCCUCAUAUUGGUAGCAACAUCAUCAGCAACAUCGACCAGAGCAGCAGCAAGAACGGCAGCAGCGGCUGCAGCAGCAAUAUGUUGCUGAGUGCCACGAGCAACAGCAAUAUCAGCAGCAGCAGCGGCAGCAGCAGCACUUUGACUGCCUGCAGCAACGCUACAACAACUACAGCGUCAGCGUUGACUACCAGUAGAGGCCCAGUGAAAAAUGUCACACCCAUCAAUAGCAACAGUUGCGGCGAUACCAGCAACAGUUGCAACACCAACACCAGCAGUAGCAGCAUCACCAGCAGCAACAGCAGCAGCCAGACAAGUGAGACGACCUCACGGGCAACAGCAGCAACAAACACGAACACGACGGCCACCACCGCCACAAUGGGCACCCAGUGCCAGAUGCUCGUGAAGACGGAGCUCAAGGGCGAGAAUCCUCAGGUGACCAAGAUGCAGUACGAGGCGCAUGUGAUGCCGCCGCCCACUCCGCCGGAGAGCUACUGCGCCAGUGACGAGAAGCUACUCGACGAUCAGGAGCAGGAGGCGGAGCUGGAGCUCCGAUUGCGUCUGGGUCUGCGGAUGGACAAGAGUCACGUUGGGCAGCAUCAGCACAUCGAGGCGUACGAUCUCACCUGCACCACCCCGCCCCCAGUCACCGCACCCCAGGCGGCAGCAGCAGUACCGCGCAAGGCGAGGAUCGGCAAGAGCAUGGCCAGGGAGAUGGUCUAUGCCGCCCAGCAGCAGCAGCAGCAGCUUCCGGAGAAGCAGCUCUCGGAGAAGCAGCUGCCGGAGAAGCCGUUGAAGCAUCCAAAAGGAGCUUCGACCAAAAUGGAAACGGAACCAGAGAUGCCUUUCGUACUUAAAGCGGAAAUCAAAGCAGAAACCAAAAUCAAAAUCGAGCACGAAAGUGAGGCGCAGACCAGCACACAUAUCAGCGAAUUGCCGGAUCUGAAGCCCACCAUCAAAACGGAACCCGAACCGGAUCCGGAGCAGGAACAGGAGCCGAAAGUGGCACCAGUGCCUGCUGUGGCCAAAACGGAACCAGAGCCAGAGCAACAGGAGGAACAGCAGGAACAACAGGCCAGCGAGGAGCUGCAGCCCACGCCCGGCGGCAGCAAGCAGCGUAUCAACCUGCUGGCCUCCUCCGGUGGCAACAAGAAGACCAAGACGAAUCACAGCUACAAGAGCCUGAUCAAGCAGGCGGAGCCCAAGAACUACCUGUGUCCCGGUCGCAGGUUCAUCCGUCGGCACGGACGUGCACCGGCCAAGUAUGCCAAGCGGCGUCAGAUGAUCCUCACGCAGCGACAGCAGCAGCGGAUGCGUCUGCAGCGCCGCGAGCAGCAGCAGCAAAGACGCCAGCAACGUGAGGCGGCAGCAGCAGCUGCGGCGUCCUCCUCUUUGGGAGUCACUCCAACAGAGCCGGGAGCAGAUGGACUCGGCGCCAAGGAGCAAGCACCCAUGAUGGCACAGGUCCACAGCUCGGCCACGCCCAGCGCCUCGCCAAAGAGGGCGCGUCCGCGGAAACAGGAAGUUGCCGCUCUGCAUCUGCUCGAAGGCUUGGAUACGGCUCUGAGUCGUGGUUACUUUAGUGACCCGGAGCUGAAUCACAGCAGUCGCAAGCAGGCGCCGACGGCAGUGGGUGGACUAUACACCGCCUCCUCGCCGCUGACCCCAGCGACGGAGCACAGGGGCAAACAGCCCGCAGCCGAGAAGCGCUCCAAGUCGGAGACCAAAAAGCCAGCGGCGGAAGCUAUUUCCGAAACAUCCUUGCCGUGUAAAAAGCCACGCAAACAGCCUGCCACCAAAGCAAAGGGCAAGAGCAAGAAGUCAUCGGCGGCAGCUGCGGCGACAGUUGCAUCCUCGACAGAAACACAGGCAGCGGCAGCGGUGACAGCAGCCACUGCAUCUUCUGCCCAGGAGACCAACAACAACGAGUAUCAGACGGCAGAUCUGCAGGCCCAGAAGUUCCUUGAGCCACCGACUGCAACGGCAACAGCAACAUCAACCUCCCAGCAGCAGCAGCAGCAGCAACAUUCCGAAGAGCAACACCAGUUCCUGGUGCCCAAUCAACCAGCGGUGGGAUCCACUGGCGUUGCCCCAACAGCUACUCCUCCGCCCAACCGUCAGGGUCAGUCGACGCACACGAAGCGGGCCAGGUCGCGCUGCAAGUUCGGAAAUCGCAAGCGCCAGCGACAGCGACCUGGAGGUGUCAGUUACGAGCUGGAUGUGACCCAGCCGCCGGCAACCAAGGCCAAUGUGGUGCCCAAGUGGAACAAUGGAUGGAUGUGGGCGGGCAAGGCCUUUCAGGGCGCCGUUUUUCUUAAUAGCGAUGAUCCGCUAGUGUUGCGCACCUGCUACCCGGCCAUGCGGCAUGUGGAGGGCGACAUCAUUCGCAUCCGGGACUGUGUGCUACUCAAGGCCAAUGAGGACAACGAACUGCCCUACGUGGCCAAGGUGGCGCACCUCUGGCAGAACCCCGAAGAUGGCGAGAUGAUGAUGUCGCUGCUGUGGUAUUACCGGCCGGAGCACACUGACCAGGGACGGCAGCGCAACGAUUGUCCCGACGAGGUCUACGCCUCCCGGCACCGUGAUCACAACUCGGUGGCCUGCGUUGAGGACAAGUGCUACGUGCUCACCUUCAGCGAGUACUGCAGGUAUCGUCGCCGCCUGCGUGCCGCCGAGGAGGAAGUGGAAGACGUGAGCAUUGUGCCCCGCCGGCCGAGCAGUGCCACCGCCCCCGGAUUUCCAGUGCGUACGGUGCCGGAACAUACCAAUCCGGAGCUGGUGAUGUUCUGCCGCCGAGCCUACGAGUUCCGGACGCGACGCCUGCUCAAGCUGCCCCAGAAGAACGGGCUCGUGUGCAGCUCCAGCUAGCGCAAGGCAUGAUCGAGCUCCCAAUGGGACAGAUGAACUGUGGAGUGUAGUAACAUUAGCUUAAAUUCAGAUUGCGGUGGCAAUCGCAGGAGCGAAGAGGAGUAACGUGAGGGGGAGUGGAGGGAGAAAGCCCUGGCAGAGGACAAGGAAAUCAUAGGAUGAAAGUUACAUUGUUUUGAUCAGUCUACAGUAUUGUUAAAGAUAUUUUGUCUCUUCGUUGUUGAGAGAUAUCUGCCAGGUGGGGUGCAGAUGCAUUCGUUGUUCCUAAUCAAAUUACGAUUGCUCUCGUUGCGCCGGUCGUUCGAUGUUUCCGGACCCAAAUACACAAUCUAAUAUACAUACCUCUGUCGGGGCAGGAUAAGAGACACACAGCACCAUCCAGGACACCUAGGACACCCAGGACACACGGCUACACACAGACACACACCAGACCAAAACGUAGGCGAAGGCUUCUCACCAAGAUGUGGGAGAUUUUGAGAGAUGCGAGGAAUGAAUGGAGAAUUUAGGGGAGGAACCAACUGCUAGGAGAAAGCAUUAAAUAUUUUACAUUGUAUUACAUAACUUAUUUAUUCUGACUACCCCAACCCACAACCAAACACACACAUGGAUAUUUUUGUUAUUAAGUUGUAUGUAUUUAUUAUCAUUAAUAUCGAGUUAGUCAACAUUCUGUGUACAGUUUCCCGCUCGCUUAUGAUCUUGUCGCUCAAGAAGUUCUUGGAACCUAUAUCCAAUAGUUAUGUUUCUUGUACCCUGUUACUCAUUAGUCCUUUAGAGCAACAAUGACCAUUGCUACAUAAUAAUUGUGGGUGCCACAGAAAUUCAUCCGAACUGUCAUGGAAUCGGAAGUGUUUAAAUUGCGUUAAGAGUUUUAUUUUAAAGAAUAAACACUAAUCUUGGUCGAUAUUACCAUUAAAGUUAGUGGUUUUUGAAAUGGAUGCGUCUCGCACCCAUUAAAAACAUUAGUUCUGAAUCGCCAAAAUAUGUCUACCGACUUUAAAUUCUAAUGACGAAAAGAUACAAAUUUGAAAUAUUCCCAUUUUUAAUUCUUAGAAAUUUGCAACAUUAUUGCAACAUAUUGGAUUCUAACUGUGAAAAGUGUAUGAUUUAUAGUAACCCACAAUAAUUUACGAGGAUAUCUUGGGCUAUAGGUUUCUCUUCUCGUUUCAUUUAUACUCAAAAUUAAAAAAUCCCAUUCUAAUUAGUCUAUAAAUUCAGACAUGAAAAACCCCACUUAACCUAUUGAUGCUAAGGCAAAAACUUUGCGCACAGACAGACCAACUUAACUAUUUAAAACUUCGAAAUGAGAUUUCUGGCUCCAGAGGCGGAAAACUGGAAGACUUGACAUCGAUUUUUGCUAGGCGCUGUUGGUAUAUUUUUUUAGUUGUUGUUAGUUUUUGUAAGCGAAGAAAAAAACAGUUUGUACUCUUAAUUUGACACAUAUUUUUUGUUUUCGUUUUAUUUUGGAAAUUUGAUUUCAGAGUUGCGAUUUUCUGUUUUCUUUAUUAUUCAGCUGCAAACAGUUAAAAAGAAUCUUUAGGCAAGAACAGAAACAACAACAAGUCACAUUAUUAUAUUAUAUUAUAUAAUAUAUAUAUAUUAUAUAUAUACGUAGUUCUAUAUAAACAAAUAUCCUUAUCCAUAUGAAUAUUUUUUUUGUAAUCUUAAUUUAAUUUAGUUGUAACGUUUUUAGUUACUAAGUUGAUAUUGCUAAUAGUUUGUUUUAUACCAAAUACACAAAAAAAAACAUUAAGCGAUUCUAAGAAACCUAUUUAUGCACACCCAAACACACAUACAUACAUCUAUGCACAAGUGUAUAGUUUUAUUAAUAUAUAUACAUGAAUAUAUAUGAAUUAUAUGUAUUAUUUUUUUAAACCAA